AUGGCGUUCCUGCAGAAUCGCUCUAUAUCCCUGGUCGACAUGUAUAUCGAUAACACGGAGCCCUCAGAGAAUGUGGGCCAGAUUCACUUCUCGCUGGAGUACGACUUUCAAAAUACAACCCUGAUUCUGAAGAUUAUACAGGGUAAGGAGCUCCCAGCCAAGGACCUCAGCGGUACAUCCGAUCCCUACGUGCGUGUAACCCUUCUACCUGACAAGAAACAUCGCUUGGAGACAAAAAUCAAACGCCGUACCCUCAACCCGCGAUGGAAUGAAACGUUCUACUUCGAGGGAUUUCCAAUACAGAAGCUACAAGCCAGGGUUUUACACCUACACGUCUUCGACUACGAUCGCUUCUCACGGGAUGACUCCAUUGGUGAGGUCUUCCUUCCUCUUUGUCAGGUUGACUUCAGCGAAAAGCCUUCAUUCUGGAAGGCGUUAAAGCCUCCAGCCAAAGACAAGUGUGGUGAGCUUUUGACAUCACUGUGUUAUCAUCCCAGCAACAGUGUCCUGACUCUGACACUGCUUAAAGCCCGUAACCUGAAGGCGAAGGAUAUCAAUGGAAAAUCUGACCCGUACGUGAAAGUGUGGCUCCAAUUCGGGGACAAGCGUAUAGAGAAACGCAAAACUGCAGUAUUUAAAUGCACACUCAACCCAGUGUUCAACGACUCCUUCUCCUUCAACGUACCCUGGGAGAAGAUCAGGGAAUGUUCUCUGGACGUCCAGGUUAUGGACUUCGAUAAUAUUGGCAGGAAUGAGUUGAUUGGACGAAUAUUGUUAGCUGGAAAAAACGGUUCUGGAGCGACAGAAACAAAACAUUGGCAGGAUAUGAUUACGAAGCCACGACAAACCAUAGUGCAGUGGCAUCGCUUGAAACCAGAAUAA